AGUUGCAACGCGGGCUGGAUCCUUCCUUCCUUCCUUCCGUCCUUCCUUCCUUCGGCUCAACUUCUGGGAAGUGGACCAUCUUUCCUUUCUGUGGCCAGAUUGAGCCGCCAUAUUGGGGAGGAAGAAUGGCUACACCAGAAGUAGAUCAGAAGCCAGUCACCUUUGAGGAUGUUGCUGUGUAUUUCACAAAAUCAGAAUGGACCCUGCUGGAUCCAGAGCAACGAGCCAUGUACAGGGAUGUCAUGCUGAAGAGCUAUGAGAAUGUGGCAUCCAUGGGAUUCUCUCCUUCAAAACCAGCCCUGAUCACCUGCCUGGAGCAAGGAGAAGUCCUGUGGGCCCGGAUUCAACCAGAACACCAAAAAAGGGAGAUGCUGCCCAGACCCAGCUCAGUAAGUGAGGAAGGGGAUGAGAAGGCAGAGAAACAGAUGCCGUCAGAAUAUUCUGAACUAAAGAGACCCGAAGAGGCAUGGUGGGAAAGAGCCCAAGAAGAUAUUUCCAUUUAUCAAGAAAAUGGUGAAAACUCUGGGACCUGGCACGAAGCUGAGACGCCCCGAAAAAAUCACCGUGGAAAGCAAACUGCGGAAGUCGUUUCUAGUGGAAGCAGCAAAGGCCGGAAGCAAAACUGGGUGCAGAGGAAUGUAAAGCGCCACUCGCCCUCUGAAGCUUCGAGCAAAACUGGAGCAAAAUCUGAAAAAUGUUCAGUCUGUGGUAAAACUUUCUGCAAUAACACUUAUCUUCUUAUACACGAGCGAUCCCACACGGGAGUAAAGCCAUAUACCUGCUCAGACUGCGGGAGAGGUUUCACUUCGCCCUCCAACCUUCUCUCCCACGAGCGGAUCCACACGGGAGAGAGGCCCUUUCAGUGUUCAGAUUGCGGGCGAUGCUUUAUACGAAACAGAGACCUACAGGCGCACUGUACCAUCCACACGGGUGAAAAACCCCACGCUUGCUCCUAUUGUGGGAAAAGGUUCAGGAGCAAAACCCACGCUGUUCGGCACGAGAAAAUCCACAAAGAAGAGAAACCCUUCACAUGUCCAGACUGUGGGAAAGGGUUCAGGCUGAAAGAACAUCUUGCCGUUCACCACAGAAUCCACACGGGAGAGAAACCCUACGAAUGUUUGGUCUGUGGGAGAAGUUUCAGUUGCGCGGCAAAUUUUCACAGGCACAAGAAAACUCACGGCGGAGAGAAAAUGCAUAAAUGUUCAGACUGUGGGAAAAGCUUCAGGAAUGCUUCAGACCUGAGAUCGCAUCGGAGAAUCCAUACCGGCGAGAAACCGUAUCAGUGCUCUUUCUGCAGGAAAAACUUCCGUUGCAGUUCAAGCCUGACGACGCAUAAGAGAACCCACCAGGGAGAAAAACCAUACAAAUGCCCAGAAUGUGGCAAAUGUUUAAGUCAGAAAUGGUGCCUUGUUAAUCAUUUGAGAAUGCAUAAAUAUAAAUGUUCCUACUGUGCUAAAAGCUUUAGUCAACACCCAGCUCUUCAGCUCCAUGAAAGAAAACACCGAGGCGAGAAGCCUUUUAGGUGUUUGUACUGUGAGAAAAGCUUUGAUCGUAGAUCUUUAUUGAUGAUUCAUGAGAGAAUCCACACAGGAGAAAGGCCCUAUGUUUGCUCAGAGUGCGGGAAAAGCUUUAUACAAAAAUCCAAACUUGUUCGACACGAGAAAACCCACACGGGAGAGAAGCCAUACAAAUGUCCCCAUUGUGAGAAGAGAUUCAGUGAAAAAGCAAACCUCGUUCAACAUGUAAGAAAACAUACGGGAGAGAAACCGUACAAAUGCUCUCACUGUGAGAAAUGCUUCAGCCAAAGAUCACGCUUUAUUGAACAUGAGCGAUCGCAUCGAGAAGACGUGGCUUACGAGGGUUCAGAAGGUACAAAAAGCUACAGUCAUGUUUCCCACCUUCUGAAACAUCAACAAAUUGAUACAGGAGAGAGCCCAUAUAAAUGUUCAGAAUGUGGGAAAAGCUUCACGGGUAACGCACGCCUGAAAUCCCAUAAAAGGACCCACAUGGGAGAGAAACCAUUUCAGUGCCUGGCUUGUGGGAAAAGUUUUAACCACACUUCAGGUCUUGUAGCACACAGCAAAAUUCACUUGGGAAAGAAACCAUAUCCGUGUUCGAAGUGUGGCAGAAGUUUCCUGAAGCGCUCUGGUCUUCUUAAACACAAGAGGAUCCACAGAAAAGGGAAGUUAUUCAAAUGUUCCAACUGUGGGAAAGCGUUUGUACAGAAAACACAGCUCGCUGCACAUCAGAAGACUCACACGUGAGGUGGGAGGCAUCAGAAGAAGUCAUAACGCUGACUAGAAAGAGCUGUGAUUGAGGGUGGGAAGUACUGAGUGUCGAAAACAAAGAUAGGAAGAAAUUGCUGAGUUGGACACACAAAAGUAAACACCACAUACCCCAGUUCUUACAAGUAAAGCCGCUUAAGCUUGAGUCUAGCUCAGCUUUUCCAGUUCUUGUGGAACCUAGCAGGGUUUUAGAAAAAGAGCUACAUAGCUCUUAUUACUUCAAAAGAGUUCAGUAAUUUGGCCUGUGAGUACUGAGCAAUUUUGGCAUACCUGAGGGUCAGAGUUCCACCCCAGGACCUGUCAUAAACCACACCAGAAUUUGCGGGGGAGGAAAACCUGGAAGUGCCUGAGCAUCCCUAAACGUUUGUUGUUAUGUGCCGUCAUGUUGUUUCCAAUGUCUGGGAGAGGGUUUUGAACUUGUGAAAUAUUCAAGGAUAUGCUUACCAUGUGGCUGAAGAGAGAUUUGAACCCAGGUCAAUGGAGUCCAUAGGGAGUGGAACAAAAAAGCUGGGGAGAGGUGCUCCCCGUAUCCACUCCCCAUGGAUUGUACUACCCAUACCUUUCAUGUCACUUUGGCAAUAUCUUGGAUGCCUCACUUUCUUGCCCGGCAUUAUUUAUUUUCUUGCUCAGUACUGUACAAAUGAAAGAGUCUAUGGUAUAAUGGAGCUUAGGAGGAUUAAUCUCUCAAAAGUGUUACCGUAAUCAGAAUUUGAUCAUCAUCUACCUGUAACCACAAAUAAACCAAAGAGGGGGGGACCCUUCAGUUUAAAGCAAAAAGGUAUACUGUAGUUGAAACUGUACCUUUAAAAGCAGGGCAAUUCAGACCACAGAUCAAGCUCCUCUCUCAAAAUAUAGACAAAAUAUAGAAGGCGGGGUGUUCAUCCCCUUCUCCAAGCCAUAGAGUCUGUAGACAGUUUCUGUGGUCAUAUGACCAGCGCGACUACAGACGG